AUGGCGCAGUCGAAUGGAUCAAUAGUACCAGCCCCAGCUCCGCUAGACAUCAAUGACUCUGGUACAGUUAUCAAUAAUAUUAAAUUAUUUAAAAGCAAGUUUGAUCUGUACUUGAGAGCUAAUGAGCUGGAUGCCAAAUCGGAUAGCCUUAAGGUUGCGGUACUGUUGAGUGUCAUAGGUGAUGACACGUAUGAGUUGUUAGAAACAUUGAACGCGACGAGCUCAGCAGCAACUGUUGAGACUAUAUUUAAAACGCUCCAGGAGUAUUAUGAACCCAAAUAUAAUGUAAUAAUUGAGCAGUUUAAUUUCUUCCAAAGGAAGCAAGAAGAAUUUGAAAUAUUUGAUAAGUUCUUGAGGGACAUUAAAACAAUUGCAAAACGUUGCAAUUUUGGUGAUCUGGAGAAUACCAUGGUAAAGGUACGAAUUGUUCUGGGAGUGAAAAACAGAGCACUGCAGGAAAGAUUACUGAGGGCACCUGAUUUGACCUUAAAUCAAACUGUUGAGCAUUGCAAGUCAGCAGAAUUGGCAAAACAACAGCAAGAAGUACUAAACAAAAGUGAUGAAGUGGAUGUUCAUAAUAUGACCAACACUGGUAACACUAAGACUAAAUCAGUGAAAAAUAAUAGUAAGUGGCAAGAUUUUUCAAAAAAAGAUAGAAGUAGUAGCAGUUCUGUUGAUGUUGAUUAUGACUGUAAGAAGUGCGGAAGGCGUCAUGGAUAUAAAAAGUGUUUUGCUUUUGGGAAGUCAUGUAUCAAAUGUGGAAAAUUGAAUCAUUUUGCAGUGGGCUGCCGUGACGUCACACAACUUCAUAAGGAAGUUAAUAAUAUCGGUAAGAAUGAAAAUAUUAAAGUUGUAAGCGAUAAUGAACCUGGCUAUAAAUUGUUUGACAUAAUGUCUGUUGAAAUAGGGAAUAUUAAUGCCCAAUCAAAAAAAAAUGGGUGGUCUGAAAUUGUUAAAGUUAAUGAUAAUUGCAAAAUAAAAUUUAAACUGGAUACAGGAUCUGAUAUUGAUAUUAUACCGUUAAGUAUAUUUAAACAAUUAAAUUGCAAAAGUAAAUUAAAUAAAACUUAUCUGAAAAUCAAGGCUUAUGGUGGUUUUAGUAUAAAAGAUGUAGGAUCAGUUGAAUUAGUAUGUGAAGCAAAUAAAGAAAAAAUUUGUACCAGAUUCAUUAUUGUAGAUGAUAGUAAAACAAGAUGUGUACCUAUCUUAGGAUUAAAAACUUGUAUUAAAUUAAGAUUGAUAAAUAGGUCUAAGGUGGAAAGCAUUGAAUCAAAUGUUUGUUUAAAUUCACUUAUAAAAGAUUAUAAAGAAGUAUUUGAUGGCGGACUAGGAUGUUUUCCGGGAGAAUACAAAAUUAAAAUUAAAGAAAAUAGUGAACCAAGGUUAAAUCCUCCGAGGCGAGUUCCAGAGUCCAUUAAAGAAGAGCUAAAAAAUACAUUAUCUGAAAUGUGUGAAUUGGAUGUGAUAGUUAAGGUUGAGAGACCAAUGAGCUGGUCGAGUAACCUUGUUAUAGUGGAAAAGCAGGAUAAGUCUCUACGUGUUUGUUUAGAUCCUGUUGAGCUAAAUAAGGUAAUUAUUAGGGAUCAAUUUUUAAUUCCAACUCUUGAGGAGCUAAGACUAAAUCUGAACAAUAAAAAUUGGUUUACUUUAUUUGAUCUAAAGAAUGGCUUUUGGCAAAUAAAAUUGGAUGAGCAAUCAAGUAACCUGUGUACUUUUAGUACCCCUUUUGGGUUCUACAGAUUUACCAGAUUGCCUUUUGGACUCUCGUGUGCACCAGAAGAAUUUCAAAAAAGAAGCAUAGAGUGUUUUGGGGAUAUUAAUAAUGUGUAUAUAUAUUUUGAUGAUUUACUUAUUGCUACUGAGGAUGAAAAAACUCAUGAUGAGGUAGUAAUACAGGACUUAGAGAGGGCAAAAAAGUUCAAUAUAAAAUUUAAUUGUGCAAAAGUAAAAUAUAAACAGCAUGAGAUCAAGUAUGUGGGUAUGACAUUUAGCAAUGAGGGAAUGAAACCGGAUGAGGACAGAGUUAAGGCGUUAUUAGGUUUAAAGCCACCUAAAUGCAAAUUAGAGUUGCAGAGAUUACUAGGAGCAUUUAUAACCUGA